UGUGAACAGUGCGAAAAGGCAAGACGAAGCGUUAACAACGCUAAACGAAAGCGCGCAAGCUAAAUACCCAAAAACAAAAAAAAACUAUCGAAAAGUUACAGUUAAUUGUGUAUGAGUUUGUGUGUGCCUGCGUGCUUCUAGAGGGCGCGGUAACUGGCCAUAAGAUAAAAGGUCAAACGGUAAAAAAAAGAAAACCGUCAAUCAGCACUACGCUGCAGAAUAUUGCUGACUUUACGCGUUGAAUGCCGAGCUCGUUGCGGCUCAUUGGCGUACUGAAAGCAAAGUGCAAUAACGUAGCCGAGGAAACCUCGGAAGUAGAGAAAUACAAUUGUAAACGCUUUGUGUGCUUGUGACGCGAGUUAAAAAUAUAUAUAAAAUACUCGUGUUAGCGAAAAUUUUCAGUGGCUUUUCCGAGAACUACUUGAGACACAGCAUCCGACUUCGAUUGGCGGUGCAUCAGUAUAGCGACGGUAAAGUGGCAGCUGCAAAGUAAAAUAAAAAAUACAAAUAAAAAUAAAACUUUUUGUACUUUACACACCUGCGCGUGCACACUUCCGUUUGGCGACAAACACGACUUUGAAAUACACAGAUAAAUUGCAGUGCACAUACACAACUACAGUGAUGACCUGGUUUAGUGGCGUAACUGCGUCGUAUGACAGCAACUUCCGGUGUAAACGGAAGUUACACGGCUAUUUGUUUUUGGCAUGCGCUUUACUGCUGAUUGCGGUGCCGGCGAACGCACGUCCCAAGGAGACAGGCGAUGUUAUCAUACCUUUGGACGAUGCUGGGUUGGCGUUGAGCGAAGAGUAUGGCGAUGUGGAUAAUAUUGAGUUCCACCAGGCGAAAAUCGUCGAUGGCGUACUGCAGGAAGAACACCCAGUUAUAAUGUAUAAAGAGGAUUUCGUGAGCGAAGAUUUCGUGCCGAAAAAGAACAACACUCACCGCUUGCGCAAACACAAAGAUCCCGCACAUCGUCGUCGCCGCAUCAACGAUCAGUCAAACUCCAACUCUGAACAGUAUCAUCCCUUGCAGCCGGAGAAAAUCUAUUUCGAUAUCCUGUCCUCAGCACCGAUUGUCACCUCCGAUGAGUCAAAGUCCGCCAAUGCGAAGACACAUGUGGAAGUCAUUUCGCUAGCCGAUGCCGACGCUAAGUUGGUGGAUGGUGAAGAUGACGCAAAGCGCGUGCUCAGCAAGCGCCCGAAGAAAUUCCAGCAUCGUCGUCAACGUCGCGAUGCGGACCGCAUUUGGCAUAUGGAGCAUAUUGUGCAGAAACGUCAUCAAAAUCCUUAUUAUCGCACAUCGAACUCAAAUGCCAUCCGCGCCCACCCACAAGUGUCCAACCACUAUUUACCGAGUUACGAAACGGCGAAGCGUUAUCAAAAAUAUCCGAUUGCUGGCGAAUACUACAACGGUCUUGGUAAUAGCGUACCCCAACGAAAAAUUACCGUUGUAUCGCGAUUCGGCGGUGAAGAAAAUACUGAUCGUGUCAUUUGGCGUGAUUACACACCGACUAGAAAUCCAAAUCAACGCUUGAAUAUCACAGUCGGCACACCCAGACCGCUUUUUGGCGCGCGUCGCCCUCCCACCCCCACCGAAGCACCGCUCUCAGCUGUACCAGCCCCAAGAGACCAGGGAGCAGCUUCGUUUGAUUCAAGACCUAUUUCUGAUCCCGUCGUAACGGAAGCGCCCAUCUUUAAAGUGCCCACACCGCCAACACCCACAUCGGCUCCCGCCUCCACCGCCUGUGUGUGGGCUAUAGCCAGCUGCUGCGCGCCCAACGAUUCCGCGGUGCGUUAUGGCUGCUUCCAACGCUAUGGUUGUAAUUUGGUCUUUUGGAAUUUGAAUCCUUGUGCGGACAAUAUACGCGACAAUGUCAUCGACUUUCUGAGUAAACAAUACGAUUAGAACGAAACAUCGUCGAACAUAUUGCAGUUACUAGUAUUUAAAGUUGUCACAAAGCAUUUAUUAACCAUAGCCUAGUUUGUAAGUUUAAGUUAUUGUGCGCUGUUUUUAUGUUUUUUAUUUUUUUUUCAUUUUUAUUUUUUAUAAUUUAAUUCUAAUUUUACCGUUUUUACUGAUGCUAUAUUUUUUUAUAAAAAAAAAGAGAUUUUAUUUAAAAUUGCUAACGGUUUUUUAUAUGUUAAUUUAUGCAAUUACAUAAACUUUAAGUUAGUGUAUAAUUGUUUUUGCUUGAAUAUAUGCUGUUCAAUUAAGAAGCAAUAAAUAGAAAACAAAAUAAAAAAUAUAUACUUUAUUUGAGUGCCUCAAAAAGAA